AUGGAGAAUUUUUUUGUAUCUGAAGACGUAUGGGAAGCUGUUGAAAAAGGCGUGCCAGAUCAUCCUGAAGCUGCGACACAAGCAGCACAAAAGCAGCAUAAGGAGAACAACAAAAAAGAUGCAAUUGCACUCCACUACAUCAAACAAGGGGUAAGCAAACCAAUCUAUCCUAGAAUUUUCAAUGCAAAGAGUGCAAAAGAAGCAUGGGAUGUGCUGAAAGAGGAGUUUCAAGGAAAUGAAAAAGUUGUUUCCAUAAAGUUGCAAUCUAUGUGGAGAGAUUUUGAUAACUUAUCAAUGAAAGAGAGUGAAUGCAUUAGAGAUUUUUUCUCUAAAGUUGCUGAGAUUGUUAAUCAAAUUAAAAGCCAUGGUGAAGCCAUUCAAGAUAAGAAGGUGGUCGAGAAAAUUCUCAGGAGUUUACCUCCCAAGUUUGAUCAUUGUGUUGCUGCCAUAGAAGAAGCUAAAGACUUGUCAAAAAUGACAAUGUUUGAACUAAUGGGUUCACUCCAAGCACAUGAGCAAAGAAUUAACAGGUCUUCGACUCAGCCAACUCAGCCAGUAGAACAAGCAUUUCAGUCCAAACUCAACAUUUCAGAGGGAAAGAAUAACAAGUCCCAACAAGAGCAAGAGCAAAGAAAAGGUUCGCACCAAGGCAAUGGUCACAUGCAAGAAGACAUCAAAAUCAGAACAAUGGUAACAACAAAUGGAAAGGCAGUAGAGCAAAAUGGCAGCAAAAUAUAG